GUUAAUGCUGCGCCAUGAGGUUGGACAGUCAUUUUCCUUUUACGCCCCAUUGGUUUUGAAAUGGCGGAAAACUAGGGUUUAUACUCUCAAAACCCCUAGAAAUGUCUCUGUCAGUGCAAGACCUGAAACCCUCGACAAUGGCGAAGAACGAAGGCAUCAGCUUCAAAUCAUCUUCUAUCAAACUCCCUCUCUUUCCAGACCUUUCUCCCAUUCCAAUCUUCCCAAACGUUCCUUUUGCUCGCCAAACCCUAGCUUCCUAUCUCCCAAAACCCAAGCAAUUCAUCCACCAUUUGAUACGCUCCUUCGCGGACCGUCAUUUCUUCAAGUCCUCCCUCCUCUGCUCGUCUUCUUUGGCUCUGGUUCGACCAGAAGAUCCGAAUCCAAGCCUUUCGGAAGCGAGAGAAUCUCCCCAGAAGGGGUAUUUUCCCGCCCGAGGCGGGCGGGAUGAUGAGGAGAGGGUUUUGAUUAGCGAGGUAUUGAUCCGAAACAAGGACGGGGAGGAGCUCGAGAGGAAGGAUCUCGAGGCAGAGGCAGCUGCGGCACUGAAGGCGUGUCGCCCAAACUCGGCCCUCACAGUGCGCGAGGUCCAGGAGGAUGUGCAUCGGAUCAUUGAUAGCGGGUAUUUCUCUUCGUGCAUGCCCGUCGCUUUUGACACCCGGGAUGGCAUCCGGUUGGUUUUUCAGGUAGAGCCAAAUCAGGACUUCCAAGGAUUGAUAUGUGAGGGCGCAAGUGUCUUGCCAUCAAAAUUUUUGGAGGAUUCAUUCCGUGAUGGAUAUGGAAAAGUUGUCAAUAUCCGACGUUUGGAUGAAGUUUUAAAUUCCAUCAAUGGCUGGUACAUGGAGCGGGGCUUAUUUGGUUUGGUUUCAGAUGUUGAGAUCCUUUCAGGUGGAAUCCUUAGGCUACUAGUUUCAGAAGCUGAGGUCAAUAAUAUCACCAUACGCUUUCUUGAUAGGAGGACUGGAGAGCCAACUACCGGGAAGACAAGGCCAGAAACUAUACUUCGACAACUCACGACCAAGAAGGGACAGGUCUACAGUUUGCUACAAGGAAGAAGAGAUGUAGAGACUGUGUUGACGAUGGGAAUCAUGGAAGACGUUAGCAUUAUUCCGCAACCAGCUGGAGAUACAGGGAAAGUUGAUUUGAUAAUGAAUGUUGUGGAGCGCGUUAGUGGAGGUUUCUCUGCUGGUGGUGGAAUUUCAAGCGGGAUAACAAGUGGCCCUCUAUCCGGACUGAUUGGAAGCUUUGCGUAUUCUCAUAGGAAUGUUUUAGGCCGGAACCAAAAACUUAACCUUUCACUAGAAAGGGGGCAAAUUGACUCGAUAUUUCGCAUCAAUUAUACAGACCCAUGGAUUGAAGGAGAUGAUAAACGGACAUCUAGAACUAUCAUGAUUCAGAACUCAAGAACUCCUGGAACACUUGUCCAUGGGAACAAUAGGAACCAACCUGAUGGCAGCAUUACCAUUGGUCGGGUUACUGCUGGAAUUGAAUACAGUCAACCUAUCAGGCCAAAAUGGAGUGGAACAGCAGGAAUUAUUUUCCAGCAUGCUGGUGCUCGUGACGAAAAAGGGAGACCCAGGAUCAAAGAUUUCUAUAGCAGUCCAUUGACUUCUAGUGGAAAUGCUUAUGAUGACACGCUUCUAGCUAAACUUGAGACUGUCUACACUGGUUCUGGUGAUCAGGAUUCUUCAGUGUUUGUGUUCAACAUGGAGCAAGGACUUCCUAUUUUUCCUGAUUGGCUGUUUUUCAAUAGAGUGAAUGCCCGUGCUAGGAAGGGUGUAGAGAUUGGUCCAACUCGCCUUGUUUUGAGUUUAUCUGGUGGGCAUGUGGUGGGAAGCUUCUCCCCUCAUGAAGCAUUUGCCAUUGGUGGAACUAACAGUGUUAGAGGUUAUGAAGAAGGAGCUGUGGGCUCAGGUCGCUCAUAUGUUGUUGGUAGUGGAGAAAUUUCUUUUCGCAUGUUUGGGCCAGUAGAAGGCGCAAUUUUCGGUGACUUUGGAAGUGAUCUUGGUUCAGGCCCAUCAGUUCCUGGUGAUCCCGCUGGUGCACGGGGAAAACCAGGCAGCGGUUAUGGAUACGGGGCAGGCAUUCGUGUAGAUUCUCCACUGGGGCCUCUGCGGUUGGAAUAUGCAUUCAAUGACAAGCAUGCAAAGAGGUUUCACUUUGGAGUUGGGCCUCGUAACUGAGGAGCAUUCUGUCUGGAUUAUUUAUUUUUUUCAUCUCUUAGAUGAUUCCAGCAACAACGAGGCCAGUUUUGCUCAAUGAACAAGGUAAGAUACUCUUGUUUAAGAUUAUUUUGUUUGCUUUAAAGAGGUGUUUUGAGUAUCUGGGCCAGUUUUGCUGGAUGCGUGUUUGGUGAUCGACUUGUAUCUAGUUAGGGUAGCUGUAUAGUGAUAGUAGCGGCUUCUUGCUCCCUUAUGGGAAAUGGAGAGUGGAGACAGAAAGGUAAAGUGAGCUAUGCUACCCCCACACACAUGUACAAGUUUGCUAAAGCACAUGCCACCUCUCAUGUGCCAGCCUGGUGCAUUGGUACUUUAUCAGAUGCCUACCGCCAUUUGGAUGCUGAUGCCCAAGAAUCAGCUUGUCUAAUUGUCAGUUGGGCGAUAGUUUACAAAACAAAUUUAUGGCCAAAAAAUAUUUUGGGGAUGUUUGUUUAACCGUACAACUAUUUCUGACAUGGUGGCCCACCUUCUGAAUGGACUACAUUUGUUUUCGGGGGAGCACCUACAUGGUCAGCACCACGUAAUGGAUGGCUUCGAUACUGCACCUGUCAACCACGCUAAUACGUGGUAACAUGUGCAUUAGCAGCCCAUGUAAAUGCUUGUGGGCUUAGCAAAGGUAUACUUAUCAGAACAGGAUUUUGUAAGGAAUUCAAGACAUUCUUUGAUUUUUCUAGUGUAAAGGAGACAUGUUGGCUCU